UGGCCAGCGAAACCCUACUAAAAGCCCUAAACCCAUUGUUUCGUUUCACUGACUCCGUUGAGAAACUCGCCCCAAAGCUUCAAUUUGCCGAUUCCGUUGAGAGAAAAAGAGAGCAAAGCAACGAUGUUUCCUGGAAUGUUUAUGAGAAAGCCUGAUAAGGCUGUGGCUCUGAAGCAACUUAAGACGCACGUCCUCAUGUUCGGAUCAUGGGUCGCCGUCAUCCGAGUUACCCCUUACAUUCUUCACUACCUCUACGGUGAAAAGGAUGAGCUCACACUCGAAAUUUGAAGCUGCUAAGAAGUCAUCCUAGUGUGCCUGUUGAUGCAAUAACAGCCAAGCUUUGAAACAUCAUUAUUUUAAUUUAAUAGGCGACUUGGGUCGGUAUCAUUGUCAAUUAAAAAGAUCAAAGGGUAAUUUGCAAUCUUAUCCUGGACAUGGUCGAAUUUCUGGGAUUUUCGGGGGAAAAGAUAUUUUUUUUAUUGUAAAUUUUAGCACAAAACGAUUAGUGACACAAGUUGUAACUUGUUCAGAUCUAACAUUUAGAUUCCAUUCUCAAAGAUGUUCAAUUUUACUAAUGUAAGUUAAGAAGGGAUAAAGUUGCUGUGGUUGAUGGGAGAAAAUGUUUUAAGGUUUUAAAAUUUGCAGGAUUAUGGUGUAAAUUUAACUAGUUUGCUUGUUACUGUAUAAACGGUAUGUAUACUUUAAUAUUUUAAUCAUUAGCUUUUCCUUUCAAA